CUCGGGCUCCUCCAGCGUCUGCGGGGCUUGGCGCGAUCGCCGGUGAGCGCCGAGGCCGGGACCCGGCUCUCCGCGCAGUCCCUGGCGGCUCUUCCGCUGGGAUUUCUUUCCGAGGCACCAGCGCCGGCCCAAGCCCCGGGCACGGAUUUGUCGCGUUCCUCCUUGGGUGACCCGCUGCAGUCCCCCCAGCUCGGCCCGCGCCCCCAGCGCGCAGCCCCCGGAAGUGCGUGCGGGCGGCCCUGGCGAAGAGUUUGAGAAGCCAACCGGGCCUAGCCAGUCUCAGGACCUGUACUGCUUGAUGCAAACGUUACCGGAGAUGAACUGUGCUUACCAGAGGCGCCUAUGUUCCUGACAGCACACCUCUCCCCAGAAGAGAAGAGAGGGAGGAGCCACACUGAUCAGCUGAAGCAUCUCCAGGAGGCGCCUCUGGAUGCCACGUGGAGGCUGCCCUUCCGCUGCUGCACGGAGCCUCUGACUGCCCAGUGCAUGGACAUGGCUUUGCUCAGCAACAUCCUAGCGGCCUAUUCCUUUGUCUCAGAAAACCCAGAGCGAGCAGCCCUGUACUUCGUCUCCGGCGUGUGCAUCGGGCUGGUCCUCACCCUGGCUGCCCUGGUGAUGAGGAUCUCUUGCCACACGGACUGCGGGCGGCGGCGCUCCCGGAGGUUCCUGCAGGACCAGGAGAGCAGCAGCGACAGCAGCGACAGCGAGGAUGGCAGCUCGGACUCGGCGUCUGACAUCUCGGCCAGGAGACACCGCCGCUUUGAGAGGACUUUGAACAAGAACGUCUUCGCGUCGGCGGAGGAGCUGGAGCGCGCGCAGCGGCUGGAGGAGCGGGAGCGCAUCAUCAGGGAGAUCUGGAUGAACGGCCAGCCCGAGGUGCCCGGGACCAGGAGCCUGAACCGCUACUACUAGGCGCAGGGCAGGACCCGGCACCGCCGACAGCUGCCCGCCGGCAGGGAGAAGGGCUGCAGGGAGGGUGGGCACCGAGAGCCGGGCGCAGUUCUGCUAAGGUUGCUGCGGACUCCAGAGACUAGCAGGACACCCCUGUUUUCUAGUCAGGAGGACUGAUUCCUCCUUUUGACUAAAUUUAUGGAGAAGUAGAAAAACCAAGUCGGUUCAUCAACCUUUCCAGGUCUUGGAAUGGUGCUGAAGUCCCUCUCCAACAAUGUGGAUGGGGAUUGGAGAAACAGGACUGUGGUUUCUCGUGAUUUCUGAGGAUCUCAGAAGUUUCUGCAGACUGCACUACGUGUUACUCCUUUGCAAAAGGAAAGAUGAUCAUAGCAUGAGGGCUAGAACAGCAGAGUGAACUUCACCCAGUCAACACCAUUUUCUACAUGACCCCAUGCUGUGGAGGGGAUUCUGAUCCAGAGAACAUGAUCCAUGCUCAUUAUUUAAGGCUGAUUUUUUAAAUCGUGUGUUGCAAUGGCAACGUCAUCCAUUUUUAACUGGCACCUCAGGGAUUAAAAUCCUAUUUUUUAGUAUAGUUUCCACUUCACUCAUGAAAAUGAAUAGAAUUAUGUAUUAUGGGAGAUGUGUCAGUAAACUAGACAAUGUCAGUAACCUCAGAGGAUGAAGGGUUUUAUUUUAAAUAGUUUAUUAAAAUAUAUAUAUUAAC